GGGGAAGUCCAUAAGGGCGGUGGUUCCCUAAGUGAUCACAGAGCAAGCUGGUGCCAGAGCCUGAACCUAGAGUGCUGUUGGUGGGAAGCAGGAGGAGGGGUCCUGCCUCCAGGAAUAGAUGGACAUGGCCUGGCAGAUGAUGCAGCUGCUGCUUCUGGCUUUGGUGACCGCUUCGGGGAGUGCCCAGCCCAGGAGUGCGCGGGCCAGGACGGACCUGCUCAAUGUCUGCAUGAACGCCAAGCACCACAAGGCACAGCCCAGUCCCGAGGACGAACUGUAUGGCCAGUGCAGUCCCUGGAAGAAGAAUGCCUGCUGCACGGCCAACACCAGCCAGGAGCUGCACAAGGACACCUCCCGCCUCUACAACUUUAACUGGGACCACUGUGGUAAGAUGGAGCCCGCCUGCAAGCGCCACUUUAUCCAGGAUGCCUGUCUCUAUGAGUGCUCACCCAACCUGGGGCCCUGGAUCUGGCAGGUCAACCAGAGCUGGCGCAAAGAGCGCAUCCUGAAUGUGCCCCUGUGCAAAGAGGACUGUGAGCGAUGGUGGGAGGACUGUCGCACCUCCUACACCUGCAAAAGCAACUGGCACAAAGGCUGGAAUUGGACCUCAGGGAUUAAUGAGUGUCCGGCCCGGGCCCUCUGCCGCACCUUUGAGUCCUACUUCCCCACUCCAGCUGCCCUUUGUGAAGGCCUCUGGAGCCACUCCUUCAAGUCUGAGGCCCCUCUCCUGCUUCCUGAAGCCCAGAGUCUCCACCUCGCACCCAGACUCCAGAUAGGAACACCACCUCCUUCAGAGCAGGGCUCUGAGACUCCACAAGUGGUGAGGACUUACCAGAGGAACUGAACUUAACCUCCAACCCAACCUUCCACUUGCUGGUAUUAUUCUGAAGCCCUCAUGGCCCGGGGGCCUGGCUCAGGGGGCAGGUCUCACUUCUGCAGUGGAGGGGGCAUAAAGUUCAGUUCAUGAUCAGCCCCCAGGCCAGGGGCAGAGGAUGAGAGGGCAGGAGCUCCAUCUAGAGGAGUUCCCAUGUUCAGGUGUUCCUAGACACCUGCCUGCCCUUCUCCAAUCAGCACUGGGGUAUAAAGAAGGAAAGAGGCCUGAGGGUUCCAGAGGCCUCUACCUGCUGGGGUCUUCAGAGGACUCAACCCUCUGGGAAAUACAAAUACAAUCCUCAGCCCUCCAAACAACUGAAUGGACACCUCUUGGCCAAAGAGACCUCGGAGAAACUUUAAAAUCUAAGUUUCCUUGCCAUGAUGAUAAGUCACUCAUACCUCAGUACACUUGCUUCCUCAUGAACCGUUACCAGGCUUCUUUCCCAAGACCUAAAUAGAAACCAGCCCUGGAAAACCAAGAACAGGAGACUCCUUCACCGAUUUCAACUUCAACCAACUGCCAGACUCCUUUCCCUUUCCCGAUUUUGACAUGACAGCUGAUCAACUUACAAAACAUUCCUGGCUGAUCAAUGACUCUCGACCAUGGACCAGUUCUGGCUGGUUUACAGAGGCAGCACGCAAAGUUCUUUGGUCCUGUGUUUCACCUUUUGACAUAUAGAGCCUAAUUCGACCACAUUUUAAUGUCUCCACCCCGAAGAGAAUAUGGGACAUAUUUAACAUGUUUUUUGGUGCACAUAUGUGCAACUCUCAUGAAUAUUCAGAAAUCAUCUUAAAACUUAUUAAAUAUGUAUGUUUAGCCAACUCAUUUAGUCUAAAACCCCUGUCCUACCCUCACUUCAAUUCCUAGCUUGUAGUUUGCAACCCGACAAAAGAAAUAAAGCUCUCCCUUCCAAUUGUACAGAUCUUGUGAUUGUAAGCCAACAUAACUGAAGACAAGAGUAGGAUCCAUGGAGCAGCUCAGGUUCCCCCCAGCGUGAGUGAAUGCACUGGUGCCAGGCAGAGCCAUUGACAGCUCAGUUGUUUCCCUGUCAGCUUUUGGAGGAAGGUGGGUAAGCUCUCCCCGAUCUAAGAUCUCCCAUUUUUGAAUUGAGAUCUCGAGGACUUCAUUUUUUCACCCUGAUUCCCUCCAUCCAGACCCUGCAAAGGCCAUCUUUUUUGGCCCCAGGUUUCUAGUUGGGGAGGUUGGGGGCAGUUCAGCCUGACUCAUCUGGCCUAUCAGGUUUGGUGAGGAUGCUUGCCCUCUAGUGGUACACAAAGGAAUGUCUUAUGCUCUUCUGGGGAACCUAGAUUCUAAGGAGACAAUCCCAGACCGGCUGCCAUCAGGAACCUACAUGUUUCAGAAUUAUAAGAAAAAGUCUUGUGGAUAUUUUGGAUCCUGGAAAAAAGCUAAUUUGGAACAAUAUAAAGAUUUAUAGACCAAAAUGGAGAACUUUUGACAGAACAUUUGACAUGC